AUGGCUUCAAAAGCCCACAGGGCAAUCCGAGCCAAACAAACCCCAAGUACAAUCACAGUAUACCAAGCCUAUUCCCCCGAGAUAGCCGACUCAGCGCUCAAAGCCCAAACCUUUGUCCCUCCAUUUUCACGAGAAAGAAUGACAUGGAUCAAGCCCUCUUUCCUAUGGAUGGCAUACCGAUCAGGUUGGGCAACAAAGUCCCGACAGGAGCGUGUCCUGGCGAUAGCGAUUACCCGCGAGGGAUUUGAAUGGGCAUUGCGCCAUUCUUGUUUGAGUCACUACACGCCUGACGAGGAUAUAAGCCAGGAGGAGUGGCAGAAGAAACUGCGUGUCAGUCCAGUACGCGUUCAGUGGGAUCCCGAGCGGGAUAUUUCAAUGCGGUCAUUGAGUUAUCGAAGUAUUCAGAUCGGGUUGAGUGGGGAGGCUGUUGGGAGGUAUCUUGAUGAGUGGAUUGUUUCUGUUACUGAUGUAACUGCUACUAUGAGGCAGAUUGAUGGAUAUCUUAAGCGUGGGGAUGUUCAAGCUGCUAAGGGUUGUUUGCCUGAGGAAACUCCGUUUGUUUUACCUGAAGACCUGCAGGAGCAACUUAGGAUGAAAUAA